CUCGCCGCAGCCGUUAGUAGUAAAACCAUGUAAAGAUGGCGGAGCUGCAAAUGCUGCUGGAGGAUGAAAUUCCUGCCGGACGGAGAUCUUUACUGGACAGUUUCACCAACCUGGAGAGAGUGGCCGAGUACUGCGAGAGCAACUAUGUCCAGUCAGCAGACAAGCAGCAAGCGCUGGAGGAGACCAAGAGCUACACCACCCAGUCUCUGGCCAGCGUGGCCUACCUCAUCAACACGCUGGCCAACAACGUGCUGCAGAUGCUCGACAUCCAGGCCUCGCAGCUCCGCCGCAUGGAGAGCUCCGUCAACCACAUCUCACAGACUGUCGAUAUCCACAAAGAAAAGGUGGCGAGGCGAGAGAUCGGCAUCUUGACCACCAACAAGAACACGACUCGCUCCCAUAAGAUCGUUGCUCCGCCCAAUCCAGAGAGGCCCGUACGCUACAUCAGGAAACCCAUCGACUACAGCGUGCUGGACGACAUUGGACAUGGAGUCAAGUGGUUGUUGAGGUUCAAGGUGAACGGUCAGCAGAACACAAAACUAGGAGGAUCUCUGUCCAGAUCUAACCCCCCCACACAGAAACCACCAAGCCCCCCGAGGGCGGGCAAGGGCAUCUUAGGGAAGAACUCCCCCUACAGGACACUGGAGCCAGUGCGCCCCCCAGUGGUGCCCAACGAUUACGUCUCCAGUCCCACCAAAAACAACAUGCAGCAGCUUCCCAGUCCGGCUCGCACCGCCACCCUCAACCAUCGACCCCGAACUUACAGUGGCAGCAGUGGGGGCAGUCAUCCCAGCAGCAGCAGUCGCAGCAGCAGCAGGGAGAACAGCGGCAGCGGCUGCGUGGGCAUUCCCAUUGCCGUGCCGACGCCCUCACCGCCCUCCACCUUCCCAGUUUCCCCGACUGCUGGACCCGCUAGCUCCUCCUCCACUGCUCCUAACUCCUCCCCCUCCCCUUCACCAACUCCCUCCUCCUUCUCCUCGUCCUCCUCCACCACCACCUUAACGCAUCCAAACGCUCCUCUGCCUCCGAACUCACCCUCUCAGCACGCCGACUCCUCACCUCCAACAAACUCACAACCACCUGCACCCACCAGCACCUCCCUGUCCUCUAACCCCGCCCCCGGCACGCCUGAGGUCCAAUCAGAUGCUUUGCCUGCAGAGCUGUCUCCUCUCCUUCCUCCUGCUCCUCCUUCUCCACUCUCCUCCUCCUCACCACCUGCUGACGGUCCCAUCGUCCCUCAGUUCUUCAGUAUGAACCGCCCUCAGCCCCGGCAGCAGACUCCUCAGGUCGGGGGGUCUCUGCCGUACCGCCGCCCGUCCUCUGUGACCGGUGAGCCAAUCAUAGCUCAGAACCAGGUCAAUGGGGGUCCCUAUUUCAACCAAAGUCCAGCGUCUCCUCCGCCUCCCUCCAUCCUGCAGUUCACUCCUCAGCUUCCUCUGAUGGGAUUUGUUGCUCGAGUUCAAGAGUCCAUCUCAGACUCCUCUCCUCCUGCCCUCCCUCCUCACCCGGCCGCAGCUGAGAGCCAACCAACACCAGAGGAGACUCCGCCCACUCCUCAGCCACUGGAGGACGGACACGAGGAGGAGGACUCGGCCGUGGUAGAGUACAGCGACCCGUAUGCUGAAGAAGACCCUCCAUGGGCCCCCAGAAACUACCAGGAGAAAGUGGUGGCCAUCUACGACUACUCAGCUGACAAAGAGGACGAGCUGUCGUUCCAGGAAGGAGCGAUCAUCUACGUCAUCAAGAAGAACGAGGACGGCUGGUACGAAGGAGUGAUGAACGCCACCACCGGCCUCUUCCCCGGGAACUACGUCGAGUCCAUCAUGCACUACGCAGACUGAGAGAGAGAGAGUGUGUGUGUGUGUGUGUGUGUGUGUGUACUGAGAGAGUGUCAUCACACCUUCAGUCCAGGUUCUCUGAUCUGAAAGGAAAAUUAUAAAAUGUUUAAAAUGAACACUAACAGAUCAGGAGCAGAUCAGAUCUUAUAAAUAGAAGUCACCGAUACGCUUAAGUACUUUCUGCUUUCUGAUCUACAUCUUCUCUUUUUACCCAUAAGGUCUUGCUUGUGCUGAGGUUUCUGAAACACUGCAGUUCUCUUGUUUCAGCACAGAAACACCUUGAUGUAGUUAUCUGGUGUAAAGAUGUUCUUCAUGGAAAACAUGCUCUUACAUUUUUAUUUCUUCUAUUGACAACGUAUUGACAUCACGGCUCCCAUCUGACGACGCUUUAUUUAUCUCUUUAAACGGAUUUCUGCUCGUCAGUGCGGCUGACGCUCUGCUCAAGGUCAAACAUUUCAACUCUGCGUGACGCUGUGUCGCAGAAGACUUUUUAUGUUGAUGUCAAACAGAGAGCAAAGACGGAACAGCAUUCUCUGAAGUAGAAACAAACUGAUCCCAGAGUCAAAAAGACAGAAAGAAUACGAGCUGUGCUGAAGCCACUUUGUCACUAAACACUAAACUCAGAGUUUAAACCUCUCUGUGUUCGCUUUAACCGUCCGCUCUCUGUUGAGCUUAAAGGAGAUUUAUUCUGCUGCUCCAUAUUUAAAUGCACAUAACGUCCUAUGCUGCCAUGGAGCAAAGCUGUAGGACACACCCACCCAUAUGAUCACUUAAAUAUCCCUGAGACUGCAAACAGAGCUGGCCAAUCAGAGGAGAGUGGGCGUGUGGGGAGGGGGGUUCUUAAAGAGACAGAAGCUGAAAUGAAGCGUUUCAGGCAGAGGCUGAAAAGAAGGAUUUUACUGAUUCCAGUGUCAGAUAAAUAAAGAGGUUUUUGAGCUACACAUCUCUUAACACUUCUCAACAGGCGUCCCAGAGUUAUUCAUGGUGAAAGUGAGUUAAAUAGAUCUGCUUAAAGAUGAAUUUGUCUUUUUUUGGUGGAUUAGUCAUACAGAUAACUAUAAAGAAAAUAAUUAAAAGCCGACUGGCUUGUUGACAUCUGAACCUAACCCUGAACCCUCAACAUCAUGACAUCUAUGAUUUCACCACGAA